GCAAACAGUCCGCCAGCCGCUUCUUGCACUACUUUCCUUUCCAAGAGACGCGCAACAAGAACUCUUGGAUGCAGCUGAACGCAUUUCUUUCAACUUUUUUUUUUUUAAAUUGAUUUUUUUUGACUUGACAGAAGUGUUACUAUUUCGCAGGUUUUCCCUCGCUUUCCUUCAGUGACAUCUGAGGUGACAACUUUUUCUUGUGUGUGUGUGUGUGUGUCGGAGCUAAUGGGUGAAUAAACUGGGUAAUUGCAUAUCAAACUCCCGAAGCGCGCAACCGGAUUAAAAUCAGCAUUUGAUGAGCGAAAAAAUGAAUAAUUCCGUGAAAUAAUUUCACUCCUGCGGACCAGAGGAUUUCAAGUGAUCAUCUCAGUGCAGCUUCCCCUCUCGUGAGUGAAGAUGUACCGGAGUGUCCGUGUGCCGGCGGCGUCGCUGGCCCUCCUGGUGCUGAUCCUUGUGGUGCCCGGGGGCCGGUCCUGUCCCAGGAGCUGUAACUGCUACCAGGCCAAUGAAGUCCACUGUACCUUCCGCUCGCUGCUCACUGUACCUCCUGGCCUGCCUGCACACACACGCCGCAUAAACUUAGGGUUUAACAGCAUCAGCAGAAUCCAUGACAGCUCUUUUGCUGGACUGAAGAAGGCGGAGCUUCUGAUGCUCCACAGCAAUGACCUCCAUCACCUUCCAGAUGACGCGUUCAGAGAUAUGAAGUCACUGCAGAUACUAAAGCUAAGCUAUAACAAGCUGAGAGAGAUCUCUUCAUCUCUGACCUUUUCUGGCUUGACCUCACUGCUGCGCCUGUACUUGGAUCACAAUCUCCUCCAACACAUCCACCCCCGGGCCCUGCUCCAGCUGCCUAGCCUCAGGCUGCUUCGUCUGCAAGGGAACAGGCUGCAUCAGCUGCAUCCUCACACUUUGUGCACACUGUCCCUGCUGAAUACAUAUUACUUUUCUACACUCAGGCACCUAGACCUCUCCAACAACAGCAUAACUACUUUACCUGAAGACACCUUAGUGACAGCACCUCUGCUGGAGACUCUUGUGCUGCAGGCUAAUCCGUGGAGUUGCGACUGCAGGAUGAACUGGCUUCUCACUUGGAGUCUGGCUCACCCAGGCUUAAUGAAAUGUCCCGGUGGUCCUCAGUGUCCGGUCUGUGCCUCGCCCAGUACGCUUCAAGGGCAAGGCUUGCUUGAGCAGACUGCCUUACUGUGCAGCUCGCCCGUCAUCCCCUCCACAGGAAAGGAAACACCUUUGGAGACGGAGCCCAGUGAAAUCCUAACCAGCGAAGCCUUCAGAGAGCCUCUGGGCAGCGUCUCUCUGGGUCUGUCUGACCAGCAAGGAAACAGUGUGGAUCUGAGUUGCAACAUCACUCAUUCUUCUGACUCCCAGGAUAUUGCUCCUCUUCCAGAUCUCUCCCUGUCCUCCUCUGCUCCUCUCCCCCUCGCUCUGUCACUCUCCCUGGAGUGCCCUUUGGAGAGACAGAGCUAUGAGAAACUUUGGAGGAUUCUGGCUUAUUACAGUGAGACUGCGGUUCGCCUUGAGAGGGAGAUCAUGCUGAGUAAAGCCCCAGCGUUGGCCUACCGCUACAGGCAGGCGGUGGAGACAGAUGGAUAUUAUCACACUGGAGUCAGAGCUUCUGUUAAAGCCAGGCCACAUUGGCUACUCCAGGCAGCCAUUAGCAUUCAGCUAAACAGAGCACAGUCUAAUGGACAUAAAGUUCAACUUAUAUACUCAACAAGAGUUUCUGCUCAUCCUGGCCCUACCUCUCAUCACUCAUCGUCCUCCGCUGCUUCUCACCCAUGGGUGCUGAUGUCUACUAAUCACACUACCACAGCACUGGCAGCAGUAGCAGGCAGUAAGGUAGAGCUGUCCUGCCCUCUUCUCAGUUCUGGCAACCCGAAAGUACAGUGGAUUCUCCCAGAUGGAUCCAAGCUUAUCCCACCCUCCAGCAGCCCAGACGGUCGGCUGCGGGCCUCAGCUUCUGGUUUGCUUCUACAAAAAGUAAAGCUCUCAGAUGCUGGGAUUUACUACUGUGUUGGUUGGGCUGGAAAAGAUGUGGAUGUUCUCCCCCUGUACCUGGCAGUGGAGGGGUCAUCUGUUCCACCUUCAGGAGAGGAAGUGGGACCUCCUCUUACAGGAUCAGUUGGGGAACCUGUCACUUUGUCUUGCGGGGUGUCUGGUUCACCAGAACCUUACAUGACUUGGAUUCUACCAGAUGGAAAUUUAGUGCGGCAGGGAUUGGCUGUAUCAGGUGGAGUCACGAUGGGAUCAAAUGGGAGUCUCUCUCUGCCCAACCCCUCUCUGCAGGAUGCUGGUCAUUACCGCUGCAUUGCGGUCAACCAGUAUGGUAGCGACUCUCUAUCUGUUCAGCUGAUAUUAAAUACACAGCACAUCCCUCCGCUUAGAACUGCAUUUCCCAGAGGGCCACAGUCAGCUGCUGGCAGGUCAACCAGGAUAAGAGCCCCUUUAUUAGGUCAGGUGGAUGAGGCAUCGGGGGAUGGAGGAGAAGAAGAAGAAGAGAGAACUGUUGUUGGCAAUAGGAGGCGACCAGCAUCUCUCCAGCCAACUCCGAACAGACGUUAUCCAAAUGGAACGCCACGAAGACGAGUUCCUGUGAGAGAAGGUCCCCUGAGAAGAGGCGGCGGGCCUGUUUCACCCACUGACAGGGGAAGAAACCGCUUUGAGAACAGACAUAGAGUUACUACAAACAAACAAAGGAUAGACCCUCAGAAAUGGGCUGAUCUCUUGGCUAAAAUACGUCAAAAGACUGCUCAUACGAACAACAGCCAACCCAUCACAACAGAAAAACCCACGACUGCAUCAGUUCAAGGAGGCAAAGAUAAAGACACAACAAGACACGAGGGAGAUGAUGAUACAGAAAGAAGUAGAGCUCAAGGAGCAGGGAUGGAAGCAGAAACUGAAGGGUCAUCUGUUGAUGAUACUGUUUUACAGGAGGAAGGGCUGCAGCCCAUUCAAGCUGUUCAAUCAGAAACAAAGACAGAUACAGAUACUGAAAUAGAGACUGGCUCAGAGAGGGCAACAGAAGAACAGACUGAUAUGGAGAAUGAGACAGAGGCACACAUACAGACAGAGAAAGCAGGUCCACAAACACAGACAACAGCAAACCCAGCGACACACACAGGACCAGUCACAUCCAAUCCAAUGUCAGGAACAAAUGAAAUUGUCCAAGAACCAGGUGAAGGGGAUGAACAAAAAGCAAACCCCAGCCCAUCAAGAACCAGGCCUCAGAAUCCUCGACAGGGAUUCCUUCCUAAUUUGGUUCCAAACUCCAGACCUCAAAGCCCCUGGAACUCACGCAGGAAGAUCGGACAGCGAAGACGAAUCAUCAACAGGCCCAGGGGGCGACCUCUGACCCCGGCCCAACCUCUCCCUGACCCUACGAACCCAAGGUCACAGACUGUGACACCUGACACGACCACAGAUCAAAUCAAUAUGUUGUUGCCGGUGUCAACAGCCAUGGCUCCAGCUAUUUUGUUGAACCCGAGUGACCAAAUUAAGACUGCUCCAAAUGUUGUGGCUCAGAAUCCCGUGUCUCCCCCUGUUUCUAACGCUCCUGGUAUCUCCACUUCAAAAUCAGCCUCACCCUCACCGACUCCCUCCCCCUCCCAUACAAACACAGACACACAUGCAGACGUGAUGACUCACUUAGACAAGACAGCAGACACUGAAGAGUCCUCUCUUUUCAACACACCAGCACCCACUCACUCUGACACUUCGAUUUCAGAAACGCAUGUGCCAGAUACGCACUCUGGGACAUUUACACAUGGCAUGCAGACACGCACAGAAACGCAAACAGCCUUAGACAAACAUGUUGAUAGACCCUCAAGCAAACACGGUGAAGAGCUAGAGAGGAAUUUCUUGGGUGUACCCGAUCGGUCCCCCUCUUCAACCACUCACUCCUCCAUUGUUUCCUCAGUCCCCAGAACAGAUACAACCGCUUCUGCAAAAUCCACAACAACUCCUUCAACUACUCUCAGAAGAACUCAUUCUACGGGUCUUGCUGGCAACACUAGAAGCACCUCUACCACUACUCCUAUGACUACAAGUCCCACUGUGUCUACUACAGCUACCAUUCCAACAUCUAGCACUACCAGGCAUACUACAACUACUCCUACCUCUACUACUACUACUCCGACUACAACUACCACCACAACUCCUAUUCUUACAUCUACUACUCCAACUACGACUUCUACAACUGGAACCUCUACCACAACUGAUGCUAGCACUGCUACUACUACUACUACUACUGCUUCUACUACUGCUUCUACUACUACUACUACUACUGCUUCUACUACUACUACUACUACUGCUACCACUACAAUCUCAUUUAAAGGCAUCCCUAGGACUCUUAACCCCACUACCACUACUUCUACUACAACUUCUAAAACUACCACUCCAUCUACUAGUACUACAACUACUGCUUCAGCCAAAAUUCCUCCAACUACGACAAGGGCACCUACACCUACUACUCUUUCCAGUACUACCACAGCAGUCAUGUCAACAAGUACCAAAGCGGCAUCCAGAGAGAGGCCAAGCGUUGUCCAAACUGACUCCAGAGAGAGGCUUGGUUCUGGUGCUCCGAAAGAGAUCCGUCCCUCCACUGACUGGAAGAACCCUGGAGCCAAUUCUAUUCCAGAUUCGCACAGCAGCAGGUCCCAGUGGCCUCCGUCUCCUCCACUCCCUGUCACUCCUGUGGCUCCAGUUUUGAGAUCCAGACCAAAGAUUGCAGAUCCACACAUCAGGACAGUGUCUUUCCCAGCAGAGAGCACUGCCAGGAUGGAUUGUCAAGCUGAAGGAGAACCGAAACCCUCCAUCACAUGGACGAAAGUUGCCACAGGAGCAGUGAUGUCAAUCCACUCCAGGGCUCAGCGUUUUGAGGUCUUGCCAAAUGGCACCCUUGUUAUCCAGAAUGUUCAGCUGCAGGACAGGGGCACGUACAUCUGCAGUGCACACAGCUUCCUGGGUCGUGACAGGCUGCUAACUACCCUGGAAGUCUGGACCCGCCCCCCUCGUAUGCAGCUGGCUAGUUACAGAGAAGUCACGAUUCAUCAGGGUGGAGAAGUGCGUUUGGAGUGCCAAGCGGACGGCGUUCCCGCCCCUCUGCUCUCGUGGGUCCUGCCCAAUCGCUCCGUCCUGACCUCUGCCGGCCCCUUCAGCAGCCGGAUCACCAUGGACACGAACGGAACCCUUCACAUCUCAGUGACUUUACCUAGUGACCGAGGAGUGUACCGCUGUGUGGCUUCCAACUCAGCAGGUGCUGCCAGUGCCUCAGUGCGUGUACACGUGUCCUCGUUGCCCCCGGUGAUACAGCAACCCAGAGAGGAACACCUGCUCUUGUCUCCAGGGAGGCCUGUUUAUGCUCACUGCUCUGCCCGAGGUGCUCCACCACCAACCCUGCGCUGGCGAAUCCCAGAUGGGACCCUUGUUCGCCCAUCCCAGUUUCUCCAUGGCAACCUAUUUGUCUUGCCCAACGGGACGCUUCAUAUUCGAAAAGUUGGGCCAAAGGAGGCAGGGAGCUACGAGUGCUCAGCAAGUAAUGCUGUGGGGGCUGUUAAGAGGACGGUGAAGGUGGAAAUUGAAGGGGGAGCAGACGGAGAGAGAAGGCAGGGACAAGCCAGAGCUGAGGGGACAAAAACAGUCGCGACAGAAAAACCAGCUCCUUCACUCAUUAAAGACAAAACUUUGGCCAUCCCUAGCUACCCCUCAGGUCCAUUCGGCUACACUAAAUUCUCCCCUCCAUCUGUCUCUGAGACAUCCAGGACCUCGUCGCUCACGCCAAACUCUUCUCACUCCUCUUCACAUCCUUACAAGCCCAAUUCCUCUAACUCAUCUCCUAAAAUCAAUAAAACAGUCACUGCCUCCCCCACACACUUUACCAACAUCAAAAAAAUGGAUCCUUCCUCUCCUUCCCUGCGCUCCACUGUGCCAACAAACAACACCAGACUCUCACCCGCUAUAAACAACACCAGAGUUAUUUCUUCUUUCCCCACUGACAGAAGAGCCCCAGCUGUUCUGCAUCCCUCGCCCGUCUCUCCUUUCAGUAAAGCCCGUAUCGUCUCCUCAUCGCCCUCCACGUCUACUGUCCACUACGGGGGGAUUUUGCAGCUUCACUGCACUGUAACUGGCAACCCAGCUCCCAUCAUUAUCUGGAGGACCCCCAACAGAAAGCUGGUGGACAUGCAUUUCAGCUUUGACCGACGCCUAAAGGUGCAUCCAAAUGGCAGCCUGUUGGUCCAGGCAGUAACGGAGAAGGAUGCUGGAGACUACCUAUGCAUCGCACGGAACAAGGUUGCAGAUGAUUAUCGCCUCCUGCGCGUCUCUGUGGCAACCAAACCCGCCAAGAUUGAGCCAAAAAUACCAUUAAAUCAGAUGGUGUCAUUUGGCAAACCAUUAAAGGUGGACUGCCAAGCAUCCGGGCUGCCUGACCCAGCUGUUCGUUGGAGCUUACCAGAUGGAACCACGGUGAACAGUGUGUUGCACGGGGAAGACAGAGGAGGGCGAACACGACGGCUAACUGUGUUUGACAACGGGACAUUACUGGUUCCAGCAGUGGGUAUGGGAGAAGAGGGGGAGUAUACAUGUUACGCUGAGAAUCAAGGAGGUCAAGACACCAUGAAGGUCAAAGUGAAGGUCAUGAUGACAUCUCCACCAACCUUCACCGACGACAGAAGCUACCGCGUCAUCAAAGUACGUCAGGGGGCAACUGCGACUCUUCCCUGCAAGGCUUCAGGAGAUCCUGCCCCCACAGUGACGUGGUUUUCCCCAGCGAACCGCGUAAUCCCACAAAGUUUGGGAUCUGGUUAUUACUCUGAGCGAGUUGUGGUGGUUUCAGGUGGAACUCUGGAGGUGCGUGUCUCUCAAAAGAUCGACACGGGAAACUAUACAUGCCGAGCAAGCAACUCGGCGGGGGAGAGGAGCAUGGUGGUGGGCCUGGAGGUGGAGGCUACUACCUAUGGGCAGAACGGCCAGGUGGGAGGAAGGGGUUGGAGCGUUAACAGCGGGCCUGGCAGCAGUCAUUUCAUCAGAUCAGGAGACAACAUUAAUAAUGGAGGGAUAAUCCAGCCUGGAUUUACCAGUGGCAUCACAAACAAGCUCGGUAGCAAUAACAGCAGCCACCAUAGUGAUAACAGUGGCCGGGUGAGAAACUAUGUACCAAACACUAACUUAGCAAUAAGUGGCUCUAAUCCUGCCCAGAGGAGUGAAAGUCGAGAUGGAUUCAGCAGGCCUGUCAGUGGAAUCACAACGCAGCUAGGUAGCAGUGUACUCACAGUUGGGGUGAACGGGGCAAGAAACGUAGGCUUUAAAGCAGAUAAUAUUGUAAUAAAUAGAAACGGACCUGGCAUUACGAGUGGUAGUAAUAGUGUGGGCAACGGUCACGGCACAGCAAGAGGAGAGAGUGUUGAAAGGAAUCCUGGGACUAAUAAUAAUGAAGUCACUGCAGGAAAGGUUAGUAAUGAUGCUAACGCCAGUAGAGACUACAGCAGGUUAAGUGGUAUUUCAAGAGACGCUGGAAGCUUCGGUAGCAGUGUGUCUAAUAAUGGAGCUGGUACAAGCACACUCAGAGGAAAUGGUUUUAGUAGGAGUAGCAAUCUAGAAGGAACCAAUGACAACAGAAGAAAUAGUGUUGGCUCAAGCAGUAGUGCAAGUGCUAAAAACUUUACGAACUCAGUCGUGGGUGUGGUGACGACGGUGAAGCAGCGAGCGGUUAAAGGCCAAACGGUUCUUUUGCCCUGCCCCUCCCAAGGUUCUCCUCCCCCCCGACUGGCCUGGUUUCUGCCCGGUAACGGCAUGCUGCCAGCUCCUUAUUACGGCAGCCGACUCACUGUGCAUCGAAACGGCUCCUUGGAGCUGCGGGGCGUCCGGGCGAGUGACGGCGGGACCUUGGUUUGUGUAGUGAAAAGUGAGAGAGGAGAGACGACGAUUCGGGUGGAGCUGGAGGUAGCGGAGACGCAGGAGGAGGCCAGAUCUCCGCAGAGGGGACCAGCGGUGGAAAGACCUGCACAGACAAGGGGUGGUUCAAUUGAGGCGCCUCAACUGAAUUCAGCUCGAUCUUUAAACUCGAGGCCAGUGCCGCCUGUGGUGCUUCAUCCAAGAAUCGCAGUUACUCAGAAGCCUCUGCAGAGGGGCCUCAGUUUGCCUGCUGCACCCCACCCAGUUGGCCCUCCACCUUUUACUGGCCCUGUCGCAGAGCCAACAGUGACCACCAGAUCGGCUCCCCUGGUGAGCAUCAUUAAUGGAGAAGUCCUUCAGCUGCCCUGCCCACAACCCCCUGGACACCUGAAGGGCUCUCUCUCCUGGACCAUGCCCAGCGGCAAAGUGCUGUCCAGGGGUGAGAGUGGCGACUCAGGCCGUUACUUAGUCCAAGAUGAUGGAACAUUAACAGUACAUCAGACGUCUGUGUUCGACCGAGGCACCUACACCUGCAGGUCCACCAGUUACGACUCCUCCUUAGUGUCAGUCGCCACAGUUCCCGUCAUUGUCAUCGCCUACCCUCCACGCAUCACAACAGGCCCCUCCCCGGUGACCUACACUCGCCCCGGGGUUGCCGUGGAGCUGCCCUGCCUGACCAUAGCAACACCUCGGGCGACAGUCACCUGGGAAACGCCAGACCUGACACAGCUGAGGGUGAUGGGUCAGCCUCGCAUUUAUGGCAACCGCUACCUUAGUCCUCAGGGUUCCCUGGUGAUACAGAACCCGACAGGUAGGGACACAGGAUUUUACAGGUGCACGGCCAAAAAUGUGAUAGGAGUGGACACCAAGACGACAUACCUGCACGUUAUAUAAUGGGCUGAAGCAAACACACACACACAGACAGACCCACAAAAACACGUAAUAGAGACAAAGAAACUCCACUGAUCCUUUUUUCUCAAGUGAAUGACUUCUUCUGCUAACACUAUGUGUCCCUCAUGCCCAAAGAAACUGCAAAGCUCUGUGCUGAAUCUCAGAAAGGACUAAUAUACGGUAUAAUAUGUCUUAUGUUUGUGUUUUUAAUGUCUGAGUUUGUCGUCAAUACUGUGUUGUUUUUGUAUCAGGAGUUGCAAGAUUCACAGCGGACACAAUGUCUUACUUCUUUUUUUUUUGCAUAAACAAGUAAUUAUUGUUCGAGGAGGACGCUUUAAUGCAGGUGGUGUUACACACUCAACCUGUUGUGCCUUGCUGUGUGUCUCACUGGCUUAAAUCUGUUUUGAAAUGGUGCUCAUUUCACGCUCGCAGCAAAAGAUGCAAAUGGCCACGUUUGUGCCCGUAGAUAUUUUUUCAGCGAAAACUACCAGAUUUGUUAUUUUCAGUAAAACUAAAUUAGUUUCCUUGCCUAUUACAACAGUACUAAAAUAUUACUUCUAUAUAAGUAUUUAUGUAAAACGCAGAAACCUUUUAACCCUCGUUUGAAGGAUUAAAUGAUUCCUUGUUGCACAGUUUUAGAAUUGCUUUAAUACAAAAUGGAAACCUAACAACGGUGCUUCACCUUGCUUUAUUACUAUACUGGACAUUUUACACUUAGAAGUACAGUGUAAUAUACAAUACUGUAUGCUUACAUAAGUAUGAUGUCGCCUAAUAUAAUUCUGCUUAACCAGAUGUGGAUAUUAAUAAAAUAUGUUUUUUUUUGGUCAAAUGUUGUAAAUUAGGACAAAAAAUGGAUUUAAAAUGCCAUCUUGGCAUUUACCUUACUUUUUUUUUUUGUUUUUACUGGCUAUCUACAUAUUAUUAAUUGUUGGAGUUGUUGCAACAAACACUAACUUAAACUGGCAGCCUUACUUGCCUCGUACUGCCUAUAUUUGUGUUACAUUUAAUCCCCGACAGACACGAUGACGGAGGACUUCAGUGUUAUAAUCUAAGCAAACACCAGCAUCUUCAGGAUUUUCCUCAUCUUGUGAGUUUCAAACCUGGACAAACAUUGUGCCGCUGACUGUAUCUCACAUUGUCACUGCUUUAAUGAGGCAGAAUGCGGCACAAAGCAUCCAUGUUAACACGUCAAAAGAGUGAUCGCCGUGAUUAUUUUGAUAGAAAAGAUUGUAUAAAUGUGUGUUUCCAGAGCCUGCCCGCAGCUUGUGCAAAAAGCCAGCAGUUCAUAGUUAUAUACCUUUAUCUGUUCUUUCAUGUUUUUCAUUGUGUCUUUAAAUUAUUUGUCUUGUAAAGACUCUGUUGUACGACACCUGUUUUUGUUUUUUUUUCGCCUAAAGGGAGAAAUUCUUAAAUAUUAAUAUGUAUGAUGUCUCACUAGCCAAUGAUGUCUAACUAUAUUUUUAACAGUUUCCUUUUCUAAAUAAAAAUGACGGCGAACUGAAA